AAUCAACUCAGGCCCGACCUCCUUAUCUGAAUCGCGUGCCAGCCAGCUCUCUGCCCGCUGUGCCCCACCCACCCAUCGCCAUGUCCCCCGCGGCCACCGCGUGCGCCACGCCGGCGGCGGCGCGCCCGCCCCUCAACACCGUCCCGGCCCGCCGCUCGCCGCCCUCCGCCGCGCGUCCGCCGUCCGCCGCCCCCGCCCCCGCCCGCCGCGCCGCCGGCUGCUGCUUCUGCACCGCGGCCUCGGCGUCGUCGCCCUCCACCUGGGACUGGACCCGAUGGAGCCGCCACUUCGACGAGGUCGAGCAGGCGGAGAGCUACGCGUCCCUCCUACAGUUCCAGCUGGAGGAGGCGGUGGAGAACGAGGACUUCGCCGAGGCCGCCAAGCUCAAGCGGACCAUCCUCGAGGCCACCGGCAGCGACACCGUUGCCCACGUUAUGGCCGAGCUCAAGAAUGCUAUAGAGGAACAGCGGUAUCAGGAUGCAUCAAGGUUGUCAAGGCUUGCUGGAACCAGCUUGGUAGGUUGGUGGGUGGGAUAUGCUAAGGACACUGAUGACUCCAUUGGGAGAAUUGUGCGAAUAAGCCCUGGUGUUGGGAGAUAUGUGGCUAAGAGCUACAGCCCAAGGCAAUUGGUGACUGCAUCUUCAGGGACUCCAUUAUUUGAAAUUUUUCUUGUCAGAGAAAAUGAUGAGACAUAUACUAUGAAGGUGGUACACUUGCGACCAACAAAAGGAACUUCAAGUGCAUCAUCCAUAUCAGCGAUAGCUACAGAAGGUCCAGCUAAGGUGGAGAAUGAAAGUUCAUCAGAAAGUAGUGCUAUGUCUGAUAGCGUUACAGAGGAAGCAAGUACAGAUACUACGGUAAAAGGAAGUGAGGAUGUUGAGGAGAAAGAACAAGAUGUUGGUAGCAACAAGGAUAGUAGUGUUGAAGGAUUAAAAAGUGUUUUGAAUUUUUUCAAGUCUCGGAUUCCUGAAUUCAAAGUUCAAGUAAUAAAUAUAGAUGUGUCUGAGGAAACUGAAUUGGCUGCAAAUUCAUCGGAAGAAUUAGUGCAAGAUGAUGUGAAGAGCACAUCAGAAAACUCUUUGGAAGAGACUACCGCUGAGGAACUCGAGCAGGAGGAAGAUGUUUCAGAAGAAGAUAUGGAUGAAGAAAGUAAAAGUACGGAGGUGAAGCUUUUCAUCAGUGGAGUGGUUCACAACAAAGAAGAUGCUGGAGCAAAAUCAUAUGUUCGAGUUCCAGCUGAAAUAAAUAACAUGGAAAAGGACUCCUUUGAGCUUUACAUACCUGGAAAAGGUUCUGACCGAGAUCUGGCUGAAACAAAGGCUGCAAAACAGAAAGUUGCCGAUAUGGCAGCCAAAUUAGCAUCAGAGCUUAUGCCAUCUGAUGUCGCAAAGGCAUUAUGGGGCACAACCAAGAGCUCUUCAAAGAUAAAUAAAGAAGUUCAGGAGCUUUUAAGGCUUACAUUAAGCAAGGCCCGAGUCAAGCUGACCGAGAAUACCAUUUUUAAUCGGAUCAUUACGGACACUAACAGCACAGAUCCAUUUAGUGGUCUCUAUGUGGGAGCAUUUAGUCCAUAUGGGCCAGAAAUUGUGCAGCUCCGUCGGAAGUUCGGCCACUGGAACAGUACCGAUGAUGUUGAGUUUUUCGAGUACGUUGAAGCAGUAAAGUUGACUGGUGAUCUGAGUGUCCCUGCUGGCCAGAUAACAUUCCGUGCUAAGAUUGGGAAGGGAAAGCGUCUUGAGAAUCGUGGCGCAUACCCAGAGGAAUUUGGUGUGAUUGCCAGUUAUAAAGGUCAGGGUAGAAUAGCACAACCUGGAUUCAAAAAUCCUCGAUGGGUGGAUGGUGAGCUAUUGGUGCUCAAUGGCAAGAGUACAAUCCCACACCUUGGAGGUGCCGAGCUUGGUUUCCUGUACAGCGUACCCGAGCAGAGUUUUCUGGUUCUCUUCGACCGGCUUAAUCUUCCUGAGUAACGAGACUGCCGAAAUGUGCUGAUUCUCACAUGCAAAUUGCAUCAACAGUUGAACACAGAGGGCACCCUUAGUUUCAAGCGAUUGAACAGGUCACCUGCGGCUUUUUCCUGUCAGCCUCCGAGCUUCCCUGACAUGCCUGCUUCCUCUUCUCCGCUCCUACUUGGCAGGAGCUGAUCUGCCUGGCUCCAUUCAGAGAGUGAGGAAAGCUGGCCUCGUUGGUCGGAACUAACGGAAGAGUCUUGAUAUGAUAGAAUACCAUGUUAUGCUCCCAAAUGACGCAGUAUAGAUGUGUAUUUUUGUAAGAGCACUGUAAGAGCGUGACAGUUUUGUGAGUUGUUCUUUUUUCCUCCGUUGCUUUCAUUGAGCUAGGGAAGGAAACCAAAAUAAACAAACCCAUUCUGCUAAUAAGAUAAUAAAACGGCCUAUGUUAUGAUA